GGAAGCGGAAGGCGAGUGUCUCCAGGGCGCACGUGGGCCUACGCAAACAUCUUCCACCGGCUCGCAGGUCCUAAGCAAAGGCAAUUGCUACGCUUAUCAGCCGUUCAAUGGGCUGCGUAUACCGGAGCCGCAAUCUCCUUUCCUAUAAUGCCAUUCCCCCCCCCCCAAAAAAAAAACCUCAACAACAACAACCAAGAGCGUUUAUUUUACCUUUGUUGAUAACACUGUUUUGUGCUACAAUUAUUUUAUUUUUAAAACUCCCAAGGAAUGUUCUUAAAAUAUGUUGCUUUCAUAUCGCCACCACUGGGUGGGCAGCCUUGUUAAGUAUUUACAGCGCUUGAAGACUAGCUGUUAUUUUUAUUUUUUAUGUGAGGAGGAGCUAUACAAUUCAAUCUUGAAAGUAUUUUUAAGAACAGGCCUUUAGAUCGAACCUCCCCUUUUCACACACUCGUAACAGUUUUAGAUUUCAGUGGAAAGGCACAAGGAAGUGGCAUAAAGUGGUACCUUGGGUUACAUACGCUUCAGGUUACAGACUCCGCUAACCCAGAAAUAUUACCUCAGGUUAAGAACUUUGCUUCAGGUUGAGAACAGAAAUCAUGCUCUGGGGCGCGGCGGCAGCAGGAGGCCCCAUUAGCCUGAAGUGGUGCUUCAGGUUAAGAACAGUUAAGAACAGUUUCAAGUUAAGUACAGACCUCCAGAAUGAAUUAAGUACUUAACCUAAGGUACCACUGUACUUUAUGAUGAUGAUGACUGAUUAUUUAAUUUUUGUGCUGCUUAUUUAAAAUAUCUCUUAAACAGUUUACAAUAAGCUGAAACUGCAACAGCAGACAAAACAAAAUAUUACAAAAAUACACAUAAAAAUGUUACAUUAAUAGAAAGUUACCACUAUAUUUAAAUCCAUAUCAAUGCAUUUUCCUUCUGACAACACCCUCCCUCUCAGCACCCAGGGUCGAAACAAACUCCCAGCUCACCAACAAAAGUUUCACAACGAGAAGAGUUCCUGGAAACCUCAGAAAUCACCCUAGCCUCUCGGAGAAUUGCAGAUCCAAGGUGGAUGGGACUUCCUCAGGCUGCUCUCGACUGUGUCCCACUCAGCUGCACUCUCUACUCCCAGUUCCAGGUACAGCAGGUUUGCAUGUGUCUUUAUCAGAUCUUGGGAAAUACUUUUCUCUCCCUUCAGGGCUUCUGAAUUGGGGUGGGGACUAUUGUGAGGGAAAAGAGUGCGUGUGUACUGCUGGAAAGGUAUAGAUUUGGAGAAGGCCAAUACUUGGGGGCGGGGGUUGAUUGGGAAUGGCCUGUAGGUACUAGUUGUACAGAAACCUGGCAAGAAAAUGGGGACAGGACAUAAUUUCUAGGUUCUUACGUUACUCUGCUAGUAUGGGAUCUUCAGCAGCACCACUCCUGCGUGGUACAAGAGUGUAUCUUAAUGGUUAGCAUUGGCACAGGAAGAAGCUGUGAUGUGGGCUUUGUUACUCAUGGUCUGGGCUUCUCACUGUUACCCCAACAAUGCAAGAAGGAGCAGCACUGCAGCACUUCCAACGUUGUUGGGGUAACAUGAGUACGGGGCUUUAAGGGGCAGCCUGGAAGCCAUAUAAUCUGCUCAGGAAAUCCUGUUUCAAAAUGCAUUAUACAUGACAGCUUCUCUCUUGCAAGGCAGAGGUGUUCUGCACAUGUUCAGAGGAACUCUAUUUCACUUGUACCUCACAUCACUCAAUCAAUUCACUUUUAUUAUCCCAGAAAACCAGUUUUCCACCCAGGUUCUCUCAUGUCAGUUCACAUUCAGUUAAAUUUCCUCCAAUCCCAUAGUUGACUGCUCAUUGUCAAAUCUGUCCUCUCAUAUACAGUGGUGCCCCGCAAGACGAAUGCCUCGCAAGACGGAAAACCUGCUAGACGAAAGGGUUUUCCGUUUUUGAGUUGCUUCGCAGGACGAAUUUCCCUAUGGGCUUGCUUCGCAAGACGAAAAUGUCUUGCGAGUCUUGAGAUUUUUUUUUCGCUCCCCCCCCCCCAUUUCUAAGCCGCUAAUAGCCUUUUAGCAGCUAAGCCGAUAAACCGAUAAGCCUUUAAUAGCCGCUAAACCGCUAAUAGCGCUAAUCUGCUAAGCCGCUAAUAGGGUUGCUUCACAAGACGGAAAAACCGCUAGACGAAGACACUCGCGGAACGGAUUAAUUUCGUCUUGCGAGGCACCACUGUACUUUAGAGUAGGAAUAUUAGGGAGUUCAUGCCUGAAUUGGAAACUCAAAGGAACUGUUUUUUUCAUAUACUCAUGGAUAUCUCAUCAUGCUGUGCCAGUCCUACUAGUGGGACGCGGGUGGCACUGUGGUCUAAACCACUGAGCCUCUUGCCAAUUUGAAGGUCGGCAGUUUGAAUCUGCUCAAUGGGGUGAGGUCCCAUUGCUCUGUCCCAGCUUCUGCCAACCUAGCAGUUCAAAUCACACCAGUGCAAAUAGAUAAAUAGGUACCACUGCAAUGGGAAGGUAAACAAUGUUUCCGUGCGCUCUGGCUUUCAUCACAGUGUCGUGUUGCACCAGAAGCAGUUUAGUCAUGCUGGUCAAAUGACUCGGAAAGUUGUCUGUGGACAAACGCCAGUUCCCUCGGCCUGAAAGUGAGAUGAGCACCACAAACCCAUAGUUGCCUUUGACUGGACUUAACCAUCCAGCAGCCCUUUACCUUUUAUCUUUACCUACUAAUCUUAAAACAAUUUUUCAUCUGAAGCAAAAAGUAAACAUAUACCACCCCAUCACAAUAAUGCAAGUUGAGUGGGUACAGUUUGUCUCUUAUGGAAUCUGUUGCCUAUAACCAGAGCUUCUUUUUAUCCAGAACUCACCGGAACUCAGUUCCAGCAUCUUUCAGGCGUACACCGUUGCCAUGAUAAGAGAACAAUGGAGGCAUUCAUGGUGAGUUCUGGCACUUCUUUUUCUAGAAAAAUAGCACUGCCUGUAACAAUUGCUUCCCUUUGCUUUAUAGCAAGGCGGCCCAUCUCAUCACACCAGUAAUGUAUUCCUCAGUGUAACUGAAAACUGCCGGGAUGCAGUCCUGUCAUCUUCCAAGAGCAUAAUGCUUUCCAGUGUUCCUGGCCUGGCACUGCAUGGUAUUUCUUCAGUUCCUGAAUGUGAUGUCUCUGAAUGAAAAACAAGUACCGCUGGGUGUAUGGCAGUGGUGAACGCAAUUCAUGCUGCUCUGAAAUUCUUCAAGGACAUCUGUGUAUCUAGCCCCCAGCCAAGCACCUCCUCUCUCCCAGCCCCUUCUGGGUGGAGAGACCUUGAAUGAGAGAUAAAGUAUGCCACAGCCAGCCUGGGGAUAAGAGAUCUGAGAGAACAGAGCUACAGUAAGACUGUCAUAGAUUGGAGUAGAACAACAGCUGGAGUCACCUGAGAAAAGGCAGAGUAUCACCUGGUGGGAAUUCUUGGUGCAGACUUGUUGGGAAGGGGGGUGUCAAUGUCUAUUAAGUUCAGUUUCUGCAGUUGGUCAGUAUAGCUGGUGUUUUGUGGAGGGGAGGCUCAUGAGAAAUAUUUAUCACAAUGAAGUUAGAGCCGAAAGGUUCUGAACAAGGAAGGCAAAGUUGUGCUACUGCUUCCUAGAACAAAGUCUUGGUGGAUUCCUGAGAGGCCCAACCUUGGCAAGGUGUCAAAUCACCUUUGACUGAACCACCUUUUGUGGGUGAGACUGUGAGAGGUUUUGAAUCUUGCCAAGAUAAGCAUGAUCUGAUCUGAGUUGUUCCUAAUCUACUACCACCACCCCAAGGCUGUUUUUCUUGGAUGUGGGAAGGUGAGGAGUAUAUGGGAGGGAAUUGCACACAGCCUGUGUGGUGGCAAGCAGGGGAUGACGGGGACGUUGUGACCAGCUUUAGAAUGCAAGCGCCACUGCUUCUGAUGGUGGACUCAAAAGCUUGGACCCUGUUCCAGAGGACAAUUAGGGGAGGAGAACAUCCUGCCAAGAUUUGGCCCAACCAAAGGCAUUGCCUUCCCUGUUUUGCCACUUUCUGGAAUCAACAAGGGCUUUCUAAAUACCGUAACUAUUUUUAUUGAGAGAUUAGGGUGGUGUGGCUGAAUCAUGCUGGGUUUCUGUGGCUUGUUUUUACAAGUUUAACAAGGCUUGGGUGUGUGUCCUUUUCUAACCAGUGUGUUGGAAAGCAACAAGACUCUUGCUGAGAUUUCAUCCAUGUGAUUAAUGUGUGUGGCUCACCAGGACUGUGCAAAAUAGGCUGGCUCCCAGAGAGGAGCUUUCACCUGUUUUGUUCCUUCCCCAGGCUUUUUAGCUCAGUUGGUUAGCUAAGCUGCAAUAUGCAGCCAGUAACAAAUCCUGGCUGUCCUGUAGAUAAUUGUUACGGAGGCAAGAGCUUAAUCAGUAUCCCAAGUUCAGACAACUCACUAAGCCACCCUUGGCUUUGGUGCUGCACCCCACUGAGCUAAAGAGGCCACAGAGGAGCGGCUGUAAUCUUCUCCCUAGUAGCCAAUUCACACUAAACUAUGGCUUUGCUUAGCAUUAGAUAUGAAUGCAGCCAGAGCUGUAAAAAAAUGUGGGGGAGAAACUAACAGUGCUUCCGGACGUUCACUAUCUUGCAGAAGGGAUGCAAAUACAUGCUGGAAAUUUAGAUUUGAUACUACCCUUGCUGGUACCAUUCCCAGGAAAAUCAGAGGCUCACUAUGUCAGGUUCCUAUUGGAAGACCGGACAAAUGCUAGAACAUUAGCAGUGGCAAAGUUUUUAUUGGUGGUUGCAAGAACAAAUGAUCCCUAUAUUCUGAACAAAAUGCUUGUUUAACCUGGAGGUAGGCUGUGUGAAUUGUGUAUUGCUUUGUAAUGAUUUGUUGGGUCUCUGGACCGUAAUAGAGAUUGAUGAUGAUGAUGAAAUUUAGAUUUGCACAGUUAAAGCAGAUUAAAGGAUUCUGGGCAACAAAUCCACUUCACACAAAAACACCAGACUUUUUGCAGUUUGGAAAGUGAUGGGGAAAUGCACUGAAAACAUGUGCAAUGAGCAAAUGACUAAUGGGAAGACGUAUAAACACCCUGCAAGCAAAUCUGAAUGGAUGCUAAUUGUCAUAUAACUAACUACCCUGCAAACAAAUCAGAAUGAAUACUCAGCAAAGACUAGCUAAAGUAUAACUUCUGUGUAAACUUUGUGCAAGCAAAUCAGGCUAAAUGUCAACAAACAGGGGUCUCUGGGUUAGGAAUACAGUUUGUUGCAUAAACUGCAUAUGAGAAUUCUCUGCUUUUAGUUUGCUGACAACAGAGGAAGACAGUGCUUUUUUUCCUCUUUGCUUUUUGAACAGUUCUUAAUUUCUAGCAAAACUUAUACUGGAGCGUUCAUCUAUGUAGGAAACAUGCCGUCACAUCAUCAGCCUUGCUUUGUAUUUAUAAAAGUAUAGGGAAAGGAAAACUGCAGUUGUUUAGUAACAAGUGAAAAACAUAUGCUCAGAUGCACACUAUUCCUAAAUUCUAAGUGCAAGGAGGAAGGGGAAGCUGCAGCUGUUAAGCAGCAUGGGGAAUUACUCUGAAUAUGCUCAGAGGCACACUCUUUAUUAAUGUUUAACUUUUUGUGCAUUCUCUCCCAUGGUUAUCUGACUCAUAUAGUGCCCCACUUGUAAAAUGGAGCCAAUAUCCUUUAAAAGCAAUAGGGUGCCUAUAUGUGUCUUAACGUAUGUGAAUUGCCUUGUGGCCUGUGGCUUACCUGAUUGUUUUUGUCUGGUCUAGAUAUUUGCUUGCAUUCAUUUUUAGAUCCCACUUUCUGCUUGAGGCAUGUUUCAGUCCAGAUUGUGUUGUCUUCACCAUUGUCUGCCAAACCAGAGUGCUUGGCUGCCAGACUCCUUCCUUGGCCCUAUCUGCUCAUCAAAUUAUGGUGGGACAACACAGUACUAGGCAUACUCAGUGCUUUUUCCCCCAGGGGGUACUCAAGGGUACGCAAUACCAGCACCUCCUUUUGUUGUUGUUAAAAAGUGUGGCGCUUACUGUAACAAUUUCAUGGUACCGGCACCUAUUUUUCUAGGGGGGGAAGCACUGGGCAUACUGUGUACCAUUCAGGUCACCUCCCUUAAAAAUAUAUUCUGUAGAGUUGGAAAAGUUUCAGAAAAGGUGAGGGCAACUAAAAUGAUCAAAGGGCUGGUACGACCAUCUUAUGAGGAAAGGUUACAGCAUUUAGGGAUUUCCAGAUUAGAAAAAAAGGUGUAUAAGGUAGGGACAUGACAGUGAUGUCUACAAUUAUGCAUGGCAUGGAGAACGUAGAUGGAGAGAAGUUGCUCUCUGUCUUCCAGAAUAUUAGGCCAUCCAAUGAAGCUGAAUACUGGAAAAUUCAGGGCAGACAAAAAGAAGUACUAUAUAAGUACUUGCUCUCACAGGAUGUGGAGAUAGCCACUAUUUUGGAGGUGUAUGAGAAAUGCAUCUGAAAACAAAAUGUAUUGAGGAGUUAGUGAUCUGACACGGUUACCCUUCCUGCCUCUGUUCCUUCCCCCUCCCUUGCUCUUGUUAAGUUUUUUGAUGCUGUGAGAACAGUCUCUAAUGUCCUGAGAACUUUGGGAGGAGGUGAAGCCUCACACACAGCUGCCUUCAUCAGUUGUGGAGGAUAAUUCUGGGUGCCUUCUUUGAUGCUGGACAUUGUUUUGAGAAAGUGAGGCCUUGGGAGGGGGUGGCUGUUGGAUGAUCUGCACAUAGCCAGUCUUGGAAGCCACACAGGUUGUCUAUAAUAUCGAACGGUUUGGGCAGAGUUUGUUUGAAGCUCAUGCACGGACUGAUCGGCCACAGGGUCAUGCAAACUGAGGGUACCUGGGGGAGUCGCUUCGCCGCUUCUUGGGGGCUUCCAAGUGGCAGAUUGAAGUGCUUGCUUGGUAUAUGUAUACCUUGCUUGCUGUUUUAGAAUAAAAUCUUUAAACUUCUCGCUCACUUGUGUAUUUUGUAUUGCUUCUGAAUCUCAUUUUAAAAGAACCACCUUGCCUUUGGCAAGACAGGAGGAUUAGACAAAUUCAUGGAGGGCAGAGCUAUUCAUAACCACUAGAUAUGAUGGAUACCUCCACUGUCCGAGACACCUCUGCAUACCAGUCAAUGGGAACCACAAAUAGAGGGAGUGCUGUGGCACUAGGCAUCUGGAUGGCCACUGUGAGAACAGGAUGCUGGACUAGAUGAGCCUUUGGUCUGAUCCAGCAGGUCUCUUCAUAGGUUCUUAAUGACCAUGCUGGGAGUUGUACUGCAACAAUAUCCAGAGGGCCACAGGAUAGCAACAACCCUUGCUGUAGCUGAAAUCCUGGGCAGCUGAUAUGUGAGUGUGUCUUUAAGCAUCCAUUACUGUCACUUUCAAAUACAGGGCACUAGGGCAUCCAUGUAGGACAAUCCUAUCUAUGUUUACUAAGAAGAAAGCCUUCUGAGACUUAGAGGCUGCAUCUGGCCUGCUGAGGGAAGUUCUUUUUUUUUUUUUAAGUUUUUAUUAACAAUUUCAACAUAACAAAUUAUCAAAACAUAUCAUAUUCAUUAUUUUCCCCCUCCCCCCCCCCGAGACUUCCCUGCUGAGGGAAGUUCUUAUGGUCUUAAGCUGCUCUCUUCUACUUUAGGCUGAAGGGAGGUGGCCAGGAUGGGCUAUUCAGCCCUAGCCACCUUGCUGCUGCUCCUGGCAAUUGCUGCUACGCUGGCAGACGUGGCUGAGAACAGGACCAGAAUAUGCCAACCUGCACCACUCUGGAAGAUCAAUGGGGUGGCCCCCAUGGCUGGGAUGGAGGGCCAAGUGACAGUGGUGGCACUGUUGAAAGCCAGCUGACAGUUCUGUCUCAAGCAGGCCGCCAGGUGAGUUCACAGAGAAGAUUGCCUGAGUCAGGAGCUGUUAGGUUGCAGCCACACCAUACAUUUGACGCACAUGGCUUUCCCCAAAGAGUCAUGGGAACUGUAGUUUAAGAGUGCUGGGAACUGUAGCUCUGUCAGGGGGUAAAUCACAGUUCCCAUAAUGCUUUGGGGAAAGUCUCAUGCUUUAAAAAGAUGGUCUGGAUGUGACUAGAAAGGCAGAUAUGUGUUGGAACCCUGUAUCUGGUGUUCAGUGGCAAUAUCACAACUCUUAAGGUCACAUCUUUGCCCCUAGGCUUUCUACCAGGAAACACAGAACUGAACUGAUUGUCUAUAAGCUCCAGUUCAACAAUCAAAAUUUGAGGCCUGGGCUGCAGCAGGCCAGAUAUAACACGCUUAUAGAUGGUGGAUGCAAUUUCCCUGGUGAAUUACAGCUCAAGCAUAAUAUGUAUCAUUUAACCUAUUGCUGGAUCUAUGUAGCAGGGACCGCUGUAAUGGCAAGUCCAGUGAACUGAUAAAUGAAGGGGCCUCCGUCCAGCAGUGCAGGCUCAUAUCCCACAUGGUAUGUGCAGAGGACAAGGGCUGGAACCUAUAUCUGUGCACCUCAUUUCCAAAACGUUACUUGUUCUUCCUACCCACCAGCCUUGGCAGCUUGCAGAGGAAGCUGUCACUUGAAGGAGUGACCAAUGUCAGCUUCAUGAUUGUGAAUGAGAAGACUCCUUUCUCCAGGGCCAUGUACUGGGAGCUCAAACGGCAUGCCCCAGAGGGAGUUCCUGUUUACCAGCAGCAGAUUCUGGAGCCUGACGUCUGGCAAAUUCUAGAUGGGGACAAGGAUGACUUCCUGAUCUAUGACAGGUCAGUGCUUAAGGGAGCAAUGCUAACUCCCCACCCACCCAGACUGAUAGGGUUUUUGGAGAGUCAGGGCCACUGCUGUGCAUAGCAGCCGGGGCAGAAGGGAGGGAAGGCAGAUCACUGAGCCAGCUUGGAGCUGGUGCAGCAAUUGAGCCUGGAAGAAGCCCAGUUCUGGCAGUGGGACCAUCUCAGGAUCCAAUGGACUGCAGGGCGGCUCAGUCCAGCUCCUUCCUUGGCUGCUGAAAGCCCCUGCUGCCACCAGCAGGGAUCCCAUCAGCAGCACUAGCGGGGGCAGAAGAGGGUGCUCCGUAGGCAGCUGCUGAUGGGAGGCCAAUGGGGGUCUGCAGGCCUGGGCAGAAGGAAGGAAGGAAAGUAAGACAUAUGGAAUUCAGGAUUCUUGAAUACAUUAUCAAAAAGUCUGUUUGAGGACACAUCUGGAAAGAAAGGACAUACCAUGAUGUAAGUGUUUCUCUUUACCAUCAUGUCUCACAACUGUUGGUGAGGAAAACCAGAUUCUUCAGGCCAGGUUAGAUUCAUUUCCAGUGUAAAUUAGUGGAUUACAGGCUCUCCUGACACUAACUUUAUGUCCAUUUGUUUCAUGGCUCUCGGGCUUUGCAGGUGCAGCAGGCUGGCUUUCCACAUCCAGCUGCCAUACAGUUUUCUGCACUUGCCCUAUGUUGAAGCAGCCGUGCGGUACACACACAGCAAAGACUACUGCGGCAAUUGUUCCUGGUACCCCUCUAACAGCAGCCAGGAGGUAGGGACUUGAAUCCCCUCAUCAACUUCCUUUUCAACUAUUUUAUUUAAGCCAGACAUUUCCUCAUUUGCCCAUCCUGAACCUCUGCCUGGGAAUUCUAGGUUUCUGAUCAGAUCGGUCUUACAGUAGGGAUGUGGAAGGAGAAGGUGGAAGGGAGGGUUUUAUUAUAUUGGGCCACUACAGCAAGCAAGGAGAAAGGAUGUUGAGAUACCACAAAGCAUCUUUCAUCUUGGCAGGAAGUAAACCAUCUUGAAAUAAAAACCUCAGAAGCAAAUUGCAGAUGGAGACACCAGGUCUGCCGCAGUCACAGAUAGUGUAGCGUGGAGGGGUCCAGGAGAACCCAGGUGGGAGGACAUGCUAACACCCCCCCCACACACACACUUUCAGCUUCUCACACUCCCCCAAGUGCUUGCCCUCCCCCAAGUGCUUUUUUCCCCAGUUGAGUUCAGAUACUAAAAGUGAGAUUGACUUGGAGAAAGACACUUUGGAACAGAAGCUGUGUGGCAUCAAGUGCAGGAAAGGUUUGGUUCCCCUCACCCAGGCACCCCUUUUCUCUAAAGUCAACCCCACCUUCCUGUUUUGCACAUGAUGGGGCAAGACCUGGAUCUGCUGCUAUCAUGUACUGCUUGAGCCUCACCCAGUAGCCAUUGUCUGCCCUCAGUUAUUGAAAAAACACCCUUAAUUUGUCAGGUUGAAGUGCUUCCUGUUUCCAAUGAAUGGGAGCAUAUUGUUCCUUGGACAGAAGAAAUAAUAACUGCUGUCUUGUCCUGUGGUGUCACUUCCUGCCCCAUCAGUGAUCUGAAAGUUCAUUCCUCAAGGUGGGAUUGCGGGAGGGCCCUGAUGUAUUACCUAUUUUAGUUUUUUGCUGCCCCGAUAGCCAAUGCAGCAAAAUAUUAUAAAUACCUUUUAAGCCAUUUCGACCAUACCGAGAGUGAAGUCAAACAGAUCUCCUUCCAGGAGUCGGUGCAGGUUUUUCUGAUCUGGAGAAAUCAAACCUUCUUCCCUCCCUGCUCUUUUGAGAGAGAUAUAUACUUGGCUUAAACUCCUGUGCAGCUUUUUGCCUCUCAAACUUUGGGCUUUUAAAAACCAUUUCUACGCCUAAACAUCCAGCAUGUUUACUCAUUUAAACUUCUAUUUUACACAUUCUUUAAAACCACUUUUUAAGUGACUGCCAGUCAAUCACCAUUCUUCACAGCCAAUUUCUCCUGAAAACAGAAAGUAGCAGUUGUUCUGAGCUCAGUUGAUUUUGGAAGUUUACAUAUUUUGUCAAAAAGGGCUGAAUGCAGAUCACUUCAGAUAUAUACAUCCAUCUUCACUUUUAAAAAUGUGUUUCUGUCUUCACCCUAAGCCCAUCAGUAUACUAGAAUCUUUCAUUACCUUCACAGGUGAAUAAGACAGCAAGUACUAACGUGACAACAACUGAGGCAUCUGGACACAAAGAGAAGCACCUGGAAGAACCCAGGUACCAUCACGAUGAGCCAAGCCAAGAAGCACCUAACACCAAGCACACAGCCCAUCACUAUUCACAUCAUGGAGGAGUCGGCAACCAUAAAGCCUUGGGUUUGAGCAGUACACACCAGCCAGUUCUCCACUCUCAGAAUCACUCACAGAAGCAUCAAACAAGGGAAUCCCCAUAAAACAUUUAAACUUCAAUGUAUGCAACCCCCAACUGUUAGCCAUAAGCAUACUUAGCACUAAGCAAGCUUUUAAGAAGAGCCAGGGGGCAAACUUACAUGCAUCAGAAGGAAGAAAUAUGAUGGCUCAGUUUUCAGCAGGGGAAGGGAAGUGAAUGCUCCACUCCCUAAUCAUUCAAGGUCUCUCAACAGAUAGCAGAGGACACAACAAAAACUUUUGUUGUGUCAUAUAUGUGAUUGGAAAGUUUAACUGCUUGUCCACAAUGAGACUUCUAUCCUCAUUUUGAAUCUGUCUCCCAGUUAACCUCAUAUCCACCAGUUUUGUUCCAUCAAGCCUUAAGGUGGUGUUCCUCUUGGGCCCAGAUGGAUUUUUAGAUACACCCCAUUUCUGUGGUGAGGACUGCCUAAGGAAGCCAUCUUGUUUUCCUCAGGAACACAGAGCUGCUAUGGUAAUCAGCUUCUUGAGAAGCCAAUUUUGACCCCAUUUUUGCAUUUCCUGCUUUUCUGCACUCAAUGAAGCAUGUGAUGUAAACUUUCUGUCACCACAUGCUGACACCGUACAUAAAAGCAUGUCCUUGGAGAUGGAAGGAUGGGGAUCAGAACUGGUAUUAGCAGGAGGGUGACUGACUGUGGCAGAGAAGGCUGACUUUGAGCCUAGGGCUCAAGAUUUUGUACAUUAAAGUCCAUGCACACAAAUUACUAGCUUGUAAAAAGACAUUUGUUGUAUUGCUGGAAGUAAAGAACAUUUGCGGUUUGUAGGAAUGGAAGUGGUGAGACAGAAUUAGCCAAGUUUACAGGUAUGUUGAUAGAGGUAUGAAAGACAGAGAAGUCUGAGGUGAGAGUUGAGUUUGUCAGGGCUAUGAGAGCUGAACAAGGGAAGAAAAUGCCAUUUAUCAGGAAAAUUCAUGAAAAGGGAUGCAGUGCUUGCUGAUUAAAAGUAGUAUAACUGUUUCUGGGAAAGAAUGUUGGAAAUAAAUUCUCUGAAAUGUUUGAAGUCUUUGCUCACAAUACCUUAAUGUACAAAUGGUGUCAUUUAUUUCAGACAGUACACAGCAUUGUAGAACACGUAUUCACCUUCAACAUUUAAGAGAUGUCCCAUAGUUUAUCUGCAUUUUUGGCAUACUAAGCAGUCCUUAUUGAGAAUAGUCCAGGUUCCUGUUAUUUGUUGAAGGUCAGUGAAUUGGUGCACACUGUACAAGUCCUCCACAUCCCAGUUUUAGGAAGGUACUGCUACAAAUAUUUACAGGAGGGUGUAAUCUGUCUUUAUUGUAUUGUUAAUGCUGAUAUGUAUCCACCUAUAAUCUGUUUAUUCCAAAGUAACCCUAGUUAGUAAAGCCAGCUAGACUAGACUGCAAAUGGUGGCAGCUGCCCAUAGGUUUAUGGCAUUUCUUUGAAAGCCUCAAUUCCUUUUUAUUACAUCUCAGCUGGUGGCUAAAGGGACCAAUCUUCAAUUUACAGGACCUGCCAUAGGUAUAACAUCUAUAAUAGGUAGCUCACAAUUAUAACCCUGCUGAUUACACUCACACAUGCUGUAGACUGGAGUGAAGAACUUAUUUCAGCCCAAGGGCCACAUUUGUUUCUGGGUAGCCUUCUGAGGGCUGCCUGCCAGUGGUGCACAGGGCCAGAGGCAAAAGUGAAUGAAGCAACAAUGGUUAAUUUUACCUUUCAUACCAGUAGGCUAGUUUCUUCAUGCUCACACAUUCCUCUCUAUUCUUCACCCAGGCAAGCAAGAAGCAUGAUCAGAAUUCAAUGAAAUAAAUGAAAUAAAACAGUUCUUCACCUGGCCCCAGAUAUUCAUAAGGCUUGCUGCUGGUGUCAGGCAAGCUUUUCUAGGAAAGACAGGGCAGUAUAGCUGGAAAGACCCAAUCAGAGUCCCUGAAAGUGGGGAGAUCUAAAGAAGGGCCUCCUGGUAUAAUAUUAGUAGUUCAGGAGGUUCUUGUGGAAGAAGGCAGCCUUUGAAAUUCUGCAAGCAAUAAAAGGGCAUUAGGCUGUCAGUGAGGUGCUUAUAGUUAACAAGCCACCUUUGGUGUAAACAGCAUACUUACUGCAGAUUUAUUUAUCCCCUUGUGUAUAUCAAAACUUUCCUGAUAUCUGUACAUGCUGGCUACUCUUAACAUACAUGUAUUAGAGCUAUGACAUAAUUUAUAGCUUUUGGUAAUAUGUCAUAUAAUUAAUCGCCUUCACCCAGGGCAUAACCAGCACAAUGGACGCUAAAUAAACUGCUCGCAACUGUGAUUCAACUUGCAGCCUUAGUUGCUUAACAACUAGUUUAAUGUUCUUAGCAGUCUUGCUCUCCACAAUACAUAACGUAGUAACAAACAAAAACAAUAUCCCCACCCCACCGUGCAGCCAUAUGGUAGCUGCUAUGAUCUGGUGUAAUAUUUGAUUACUUGCCCAACUGACAUGCAAAGAUUUAGCUGUCCUUCCCACAUGCUGUUCCGUUCCCUUUUUAUGUUCCUUUAGUUCAUUUCCUACUUAUGUACAUACCUAGCUGAAACCAUCCCUGCCCCCCAGAAAUCUGCAGAGGCCCAAUCUACAGCAGCUAGGUCAUAAUUUAAUUGUUAAGAGACUAUUUACUUGCUGAUAGUUUUGUACGAAACAAAGUAAUUAUAUGGCUGGCUUGUUUUGGUUUUUUUAACAUUCCAAUUGUAUUUACAAUCUCUUCCCUUUAUUUCUAUGUACAGUAUUACCAUUAUUAAUUGCCAAAGAAAAAAAUCUUCAGUAGUACCAGUGCUAAAAAGAUGGGCAAAAUUAUGUUUUGCUUAAAAAACUAAAAGUGCUAAAAAGAUGGGCAAAAUUUUGUUUUGCUUAGGACAACAACAUUCCUACCUAAUGCUGGCCUUGGGCUCUGAUCCAGCUUUCCUGAUGCCCUCUGCCCCAGCCCACAGCUCCCAUUAUCCAAACUAAACUCCUUUGCCUCAUGUCCUGUUUGCUUACAUUUGCAGCAGAGUCCACAGGUUCACAGCAAAACUGGAGCAAGACUAUUAUUAUCAUGUUUAAUGCUAAUCUCAUCUAACAUGCAGGUCAAAUAUUUGCUAAAGAUCCUCUUUAAACUGGCCUUUCUGUUUGCAGCAGCCAGAAAAUAUCUUAUAGUUUGCCUGUUUAUGCCUAUUCAGAAUAAAGCCUCAUUUGAGUUCUAUGGCACUUACUGCCAAGUAUGUGGGUAUAGCAUUGCAGAUGUAGUCUCUUUUUGAUGGACAAGGCUGGCCCUACCAUUGGGCAGAGUGAAGCAGCCACCUCAGGUGGUAGAUGCUAGGGGGAUAAAAGUGGAGGCAAGAUGUUGGGAGAGAAUUGCCUGUGCCACACACAGCCUCCCCUGCUGCCCUCAGGCAUGGUGGAGGAUGCAGUCCCACUGCAAAUGGAGAAAGAAGACAUCUGAAGGCCGCCCUGCAUAGGGAAGUUUUGUAAUGUUUAAAUAUGUUUUUAUAUAUGUUGGAAGCAGUCCAGAGUGGCUGGGGCAACCCAGUCAGAUGGGUGGGGUGCAAAUAAUAAAACUAUUUUUAUUAUUACAUGUAUUUUGCCUUGGUACUAAAUCGCAUUAGGGUUUUGUUUGACAGCAUGAUUACAGAAUCAAAUCAAAUAGAUGCUCAGUUAAAGGAGCCUUAGCAUUUAGGGUAAAAUUGGUAGAACAGCAAAGUCUUUCCCACAGAUUUUUAUUGUUAAAGCUCUUCAGAGGGAAGCAGUAACAAUAUUAUUGAUGUUAACAUCUUCCCCUCCAAUAAUUUUUCUCCAUGGAUGAGCUCCAAUAUUGGAAGUGAAUUUAACUGGAUGAGAAGCAUUUUGGCAGGGAACUAUGGAAAAUUAAGUACUGAGUGGAAGGAGGGUUCGGAUCCUCUUACCCUUCUGAUUAUUUGCCUUAAAAAUCAAACCUACACAAGUCUACAGGGUGGGUAGUAUAGCACACAGAGAAAGGAGUGAUAAAAUUUGCUAGGCUACAGUCUGUGAGGAACAGUCCUCCUCCCUCCCUUUGUGUAUGCUCUGUUUACAAUUCCCCCUGCAUUUGCACCCAUAAGCUUGUCUCUUACUUGCCUAGCACCAAGGACCAUGAGGUUGUGUAAACAUCUGUACAGCUUUUUUAUCUUCUACUUAACAUUGUCAUUUGCUUUAGAGGCCCUUUAACCCUGUUCAUCUGAGGGAUCAGCCAAAGAAUGAAAAGCAGAAUGAUGUGUGUGGGUGUGUGGGUGUGUGGGUGGGUGGGUGUGGGUGUGUGUGUGUGUGUGUGAGAGAGAGAGAGAGAGAGAGAGAGAGAGAGAGAGAGAGAGAUGAGGAGGGAAGGAGAGGCUGUGUCCAUGUCUAUUUCUCCAUGGAAUCCACACUAUGGGCUGCCUUUAGGAGAUGUAGUACUUCUGUUGGAAGCCUCAAAAGUGGGACAGCAUUAGGCUUUAAUCAGCAACGGAGGAGGCAGCUGUGGGGUAAAUAUGCUUUAAUGCCUCUUAAGUACACUUUCCCUGCCCAAUCCACUUUCCCCUGUUGGGCAGUGAAGUAAAAAGAAACAAAAGCCUAUCUAGCCAAUUCAGAGGGGUUUUGUUAACUGGCUUCAUUAUUCAAUUAAAAUGUCUAACGGUGCUGUAGAAACUCAUUUAUAGAAAAUGGUCUGGCACAUUUAAAGUUUACACAUGUAGAGUAAUUGCUUCCAUUGGAAUGUUAUGUUCAUAUAGUAUUCAGGAGUAUUUACAUAGGUGAUACAAUAUAAAAUCCAAAAUGCUAAUGAGUUUCUAAAACUUAUUUAAGAGUCAUUCCCUAUAAAUAGGCCAUGUUUGAUUAGUCUUUAAGUUUGCAAUCUUAUACAUACUGAUUACAGUGUAAAAUCUUACAUGCACACUGAAAUCACUAGGAUUUUCUUCUGGAUACGAAUGCAUGGGAUUGUGCUUUGAAUCUUUCACCAUCUGUUGUAUAAGUAAGAGUCCUCACAUGUAAUUCCCAAGUAUAAAACUCAUUUAUCAAAUAAUUCAUUCAAAGCAGUAUGCUUCUGGUUUACAAUGAUAUUCAUUUUAUAAUGAGGAGCUCAGAAAAGUUUUAAGAAAUUAUUUCAAAUCAUCAUUUUAAACAAUAUUUCUACUGACAACUCAGAAGUCCUCUUGUGAAUAUGUAGGUUUUAUAUUGUAUAGCUUCUACAAAAUAUUGGUAGAGCUUCAUAAAAUACAGUAAGAAUAAUUACUUCACUCUAAUUAUGAUUCUAUUUUUGCAUGAAAGUACAUUUGAAAACUAGCUGUGAGCUCAAAAACUCAACAGGCCAUUUCCUAAAAAUAAGAACAGUCUUCUCCAGCACAUCUAAAUAUUUUAUUUUUGUUUUAGGUAUGGGUUGCUGCAACUUUAAUGGCAACUUUCUGCAAUUUUAAAUCCCACACCUACCAAAAAAGUUUUAAGAACAGCUUACAACAUAUAAUUUUAAAAAGCAUAAUGAUUAAUCUCCAGGUUUUGUGGCACCAGUUCUUAUCCUGCUUAUCUUCACGUGCUUUGGAGGUGUGGUAAACUAGAUUUCUACAUCCAUAAUCUACAGUGUUGUCUGCCAAUAUCAUAAUGGUGUUGAAAAGUUGUGCGCUCCGCAUGCAAGGAUCAAUGUGGCAAUUGUUCUUGGUACGGAAGUAUGAAGCUCUUCUGAUUCCUAAUCCUCAUUAAUCUUACUCCUUGUACACAACAAGCAAUAGCAACUGCCUUUGUUAGCUCCCCUCUAAUUUUUCUAGCAGUUAAUUCUGUUUGUCUGUGUCAUACACCAGAUGCCUAUUAUUACCUUCACAGGUGUGUAACACAGCAAAGACUAGUAUGAUGGCAAGUGAGGAUACCAAACAUGGAGAAUCAGAAGGAAAGGAGAGCCAAAGAACACUCAGCCCUGGGUACAAAGCUCACAGAAAAUAUAAAACAGCUACAGAAGCCUUGGGUGUGUGCCAGCACAUUUCAGCCAGUCCUGUUAGAGCCACCCAUGGAAGCAGGGCAAGGGGGAUAAAGUGAAGGGACUGCCUCAGAAGAAUGUACUUUGAAUUAACCAGAAGUCUGCUGGUAAUCCUUACUGCAUUAAUCCACUUGACGCUAUCAAUUUAAGAGAGGACCCCAGCUAUAGGAGGUAUUUGAAUAUCACCAUCUCAAUUGAUGCUCUGCAAUCUUAGGAAAUCAAGUCCUUUUAAUAUAGUGCCUUGUGGGGGUAUUUCCUAAUGUUAGGUGGCAGUGCCACAUUGUGGGUUCUAUCAGUUAGUGCAGCAAGUACUGUUUCCCGCUUCCUCAGGAUAUCCCCUAAAUUGCAGGAUGUUCAACCUGAAUGGGUUCUCAAGAUCAAGCACUUUUAGCAGCUGUUUUGUAUUCUAAUGCUUGGACAACUACAGGAAGUUUGCUUUUAAGAUGCUCUUUUAUCAAUUUAUAUAUCAUAUAUUACUCCUUUCAUAUUUCUGGGAAGCAUGUUGAUCCUCUAAUUUACUGAGUGCAGGUGUGAAACAUGUACUCCUGAGCUACCUCAGUCUGGCUUCAAGUUGUUUUGGGACCUAGUCCGCAUUAGUGGUCCUGAUGGAUGACCUUGAUCACAGGAGUGUGUGACCCUGCAGCUCACUCUUUUUUGACAACAAUCAUUGUACCCACUUGGACCAGCAGUGCUGGGUGGGGAUUUGUGGCACUUUACUUCACUGGUUCUGUACCUUUCUGCAGGACCUUUCUGAGAAUGACUCUGGAGGACUAUAAACCGCUGGCAUUUUUACUAUUGGGUCUCUCACGGUACCAUCACAUCCCCAAUGCUUCUAAACAUCUACCACGUUACCUAAAUGACCACUUUAUCCCUUAUAAACUGGCCAGAUCACAGCACUCUUCUGAAACCCUCCUGACAUAGAUUAAGUUUCUACGGGAACCAACAUUUAGCAUAGCAGCACAGGUGCUCUGGAACAUUGUUUCAAGACUUACCACUUUGAUAAUUUGUCGCCGAUAAAAGUUGCUUUCUCCAGUCAUUUUUAAACGAUUUAUUUGAUUCCUUGUUGGUAAUUUGAUCUGUAUUUUAUGUUGUUUUAUUGUACUGUAUACUGACAUGAUUUUUUUCCUAUGACUUGGCAGUUCAUACACUUAGAAACAGAAAAUAAAUAAAUAAUGUAGAGAAAUUCC